AUGAUCGAGACGGCCAUUAGCAUCGCCUUCUGGGUGUCUAGCUGUUUGACACUCCUCAUUAUCGCCUUACCAUCACAAUAUAUUCCGCGGCGUGUACGACAAGAAACAGGCGGCAAUGGCAAAGAGAAGGUUACAGUUCAGAUCUUGGUCUUGGGAGAUAUUGGGCGCAGUCCGCGCAUGCAAUACCAUGCAUUAAGCAUUGCUCGCCAUGGAGGACAGGUGGACAUUAUUGGAUAUCAAGAAUCCGAUCCUCAUCCUGAAAUCACAUCCCACUCAAACAUUACAGUCGUUCCUCUGCCGCCGCAUCCGGCCAUCCUCCAAACCAACAAUAAGAUAGUAUUUCUCGUCUUUGGGCCUCUUAAAGUCCUCUUUCAAAUCCUUUCAUUGUGGAUAUGUCUCGCAUACCGUACAAAACCCGCAAAAUACUUACUCGUUCAGAAUCCUCCUUCUAUACCGACUCUCGCCAUUGCUUCCGUCGUUUGCUUUCUCCGACAGACAAGACUCAUCAUUGAUUGGCACAACUUUGGUUAUUCGAUUCUCUCGCUGAAGUUGGGCAAUCGACAUCCGUUAGUUGUGAUCUCAAAAUGGUACGAGAAGUUCUUCUGUGGAUGGGCAACUGCACAUUUCUGUGUCACGAAUGCCAUGACUCGUAUCUUGAAAGAUGACUUUCAAAUCACAAAAGCUCCGAUCUUGACACUACACGACCGACCAGCUAGUCACUUCAAGCCUAUCCUAGACGAGGAGGAAAGAACACAGUUUCUAGCUUCUUUGAAAGAGGUGGCAGCAACUGAAGCUGAGUUGGCAACUGGAGAUGUGCGCGUUCUUGUUAGUUCGACAUCUUGGACUCCCGAUGAGGACUUUUCGGUAUUGAUAGACGCCCUCUGUCGUUACUCUGAGAUCGCGACAACUGAAAACACUGCAUUGCCGAGCAUUUUGGCAAUUAUCACGGGCAAAGGCCCCCAGAAAGAGAUGUAUCUCAAUGAGAUCUCUGCUCGUGCCCAAGCUGGCAAGCUUGAAAAAGUGGACAUCAGAACUGCUUGGCUCAGCACACUUGACUACGCAAAACUUCUGGGUAGCGCAUCAUUGGGUGUCAGCUUACAUACCAGCAGCAGUGGUGUUGAUCUACCUAUGAAGGUGGUUGAUAUGUUUGGUGCUGGUUUGCCGGUUGUCGGAUGGAAUCGAUUCGAAGCUUGGCCGGAGUUAGUUACGGAAGGCGUCAACGGACGAGGUUUUGGCAGCUCAGAAGAACUAGCGAGUCAUUUGACAGACUUGUUCGGGAAUCUAUCGAAGCUGGAAAAUCUGAGAAAUGGUGCUCAAAAAGAGAGCCUACGAAGAUGGGAUCAGGAGUGGGAUCCUAUUGCAGGACGACUACUUGGAGUGACAUAG